AUGACCAUUCUACUUCAACGUCGCCGAUUCUCGGCACUCAUCGAUCAAAUCAGAACAUGGACCAGCUCGAUUAAAUCAGACAAACAGUACCGCUCCCUCUCUACUGGUGACCUAGUCACCACCACAAAAACUCCAUCAGAAUUCGAAUCCGACUUUAUGGAGAUGGAUUUCGGGUCCACACCAACCACAUCCUCCCUACCAUCCCAUUUCGAUGACUGUGAUUUGGUACCAAUGGAAUUUAAGAAAAACGGAGUGAAGCUCUUGAAACAAGGCUCCAAAAAAGCAAUGAGCACCAAGAAAUACGGUAGUUCUGGAGAUUUAACAAAGCUGAGAGUUGAGGACAUACAUAAGGCACAAUCCUGGUUCUUUUUGGAUGUCGAUCCGAGGUCUGCUGAGAGGAUUCUGAUGUCUGACGGAUUUCUAGACGCUUCUUUCCUAAUCUCAUUUUUCCGCGGCAAAUAUGUGCUCAGCGUGCUCAAGGGACAUAAGGUGGAGCAUUUGGUGAUAAGGGAAUAUCAGAAAAAGAAUGGAAGUACUGCAUUUCAGUUGGAUGUUGACCGAUCUUUCAAAAACCUCCUGGAGCUCACCGACUACUACAAAAAAAACAAGAGCUACGUUUUGUGCACCAAACUUUCUCGAGGCGUCCGUCCCCGCAAGAAUCAGGAUGUUCGAUCCAGAGCCUAA